UUACAAGGUGAGUUCUUCAUCCCCCUCGGGAAACAUCAUCGGGAGCCGUGCUCGUAUAAAGUAGACGCCGCAGACCUGAAUGGCAUAGAAGUCUUGAAAAAUUAUUCUUUUGAGGUGAAGGUCAGGGGCGAGGAAUUCGAUGGAGCCUACACUGACCCAGUUUUCUUCUUUGCUUCGGAAAAAAUCCCCAUACUUGACAGAGCGAUUCCUGGACGGGAAGUUUUGGUUCCAGUGAGAUCGUUUGGCGGUGCCAUGGACAUAAAGUUGUGUGCCUUGUGUGCGGUGAACGAAAGACAGGGACCCGUACAGGAAGUUGGACUCUUGAUCUGUGUUCGGGAUUCGGACGAUGGAGGUUGUAGCUAUCCUGACGCAACUGGCAUUAAGAACCUGAGCGACAUCAACGCUACGACGUGGGCCAGAUCCCGGGCAGUUGGCUUCGCCAUUCCUUUCUGGGCCAGUCCGGACAACUGGCUGGAGAAGCUACUCAAAGAUCCGUCCACGGAUUAUUUGUACACGAUCGGAGCAGACAAAGACUGCGACACAAACACAGUGUCAACGUUCUGUAACGGCCCUCUACCUUUGAACAAAGUGUUCACCAUCAGCUUAUUUACGUGUAAUGGUGCAGGCUGCGAUGAAUACAACACUUACUACACGGACAGGUUCAACACUAAAGAUCAAGAUGAUGUUGGCGAUGAUGACGGCCUAACUGACGGACAUAUCACAGCCAUCGCCGUAGGAGUUAUUGUUCUUUCUGUCGCUGUCGUGGUCGUCAUUAUCUUUAUCGUGAGGAAAAUGAGAGGACGUUCUUUCCCAACUUGAGAGUUCAGCGAAAGGAGGUUCUUUUCUUACCUGAUGUUAAAGGAGCUUCUUUUUCUCACUCGAUAUUAUUGCAAGAGGAGGUUCUUUUUCUUCCUGAUAUUAUAGCUAAAUAAGGUUCUUUUUCCUUCUGAUAUUAUAGCUAAAUAAGGUUCUUUUUCCUUCUGAUAUUAUAGCUAGUGGAGGUUCUUUUUCCUCCUGAUAUUAUAGCUAAAUAAGGUUCUUUUUCCUCCGGAUAUUAUAGCUAAAUAAGGUUUUUUUUCCUGAUAUUAUAGCUAAAUAAGGUUCUUUUUCCACCUGAUAUUAUAGCUAAAUGAGGUUCUUUUUCCACCUGAUAUUAUAGCUAAAUAAGGUUCUUUUUCCUCCUGAUAUUAUAGAUAAAUAAGGUUCUUUUUCCUUCUGAUAUUAUAGCUAAAUAAGGUUCUUUUUCCACCUGAAAUAAUAGCUAGAGAAGGUUCUUUUUGUUGUUGUAUUUGUUGCUUUUAAAUUUUAGAGUUUUAUGGAGAAAAACAGGGCUGUAGAAGAUAAAGAUUGACUGUUUUCUGUGUACAUUGAUAUUCUCUUUUGUUAUUAUUGUUUGAUGUUGUGACUUAUCUGACAGAGUGAAAUAUUGCCCGAUCGUUGACAUAAUACGUACGAAAGAAUGUGAUCAUCUAAUUGUUAAUCUGGACUUUCAAUCUUUCGUCUAAGAAGGUUCAUAUUAUGUGCUCUUUCACUCCACCGUUCAUUUUAUGAUACUUUCAAUUCUUAACAAUGUGUCCAAUUUUUAACAAUAGGCCUAUGUUCAAUUUUUAACGAUAUGUUGCCAAAAAAAA